ACAAAGUGAGUCCUCCAUGUGUAGCGUACAAAUAACGUGGUUACGAUGUUAGAGUAAAUCAGACGAGUUUAUAUUAACGUUAACUACGUUGAUCUCGUUAACUACGUUCGUUACGUGUCGGUGGAGUAACGUGUUUUUUUUAAAGAUGGCGACUGACGCGUCCGAAUAGUUCCCGCUGGUUUGAACUCCGUUUGUCAUCAUUUCUACAGAGAAGUGUGUUGGUCUGUGUGUCAUGGAGUGUGUGGAGGAGAAGUUUAAAGGUCUGUCCCUGGCCCGGCGCUCCCGCCCCCCCGAGGCCACCUACCUGCUGCACGUGGCGCUGCAGCCGUCCGACCUGCUGGCCGUGUCCUGCUCCAACUUCACCAUCCAGCUGCACAACAAGCGCACCCUGGCCCGGGUGGGGCAGCACCGGGGCCACAGCGCCCGCAUGUGUGGGGUCACGUUCGCCCGCAGCUCCCCCGACCUCCUGUACUCGGGCUCGGCCGACGGGACGGUGCGGGGGUGGGACGUGCGGCGCCCGGGGACGGAGGCGGUCCAGAUGUUCCGCAGCGACCCGGCGCACCUGUUCUGCAGCUUCGACCUGAGCUGCAGCGACCUGCUGCUGUGCGCCGGCACGGAGAAGGUCGGCGAGGACAGCUACCUGGUGUUCUGGGACGCCAGGAGGCCGGGCGCCGGGCUCCUGGGCUCGUACUCGGAGUCGCACAGUGAUGACAUCACACACGUGCGCUUCCACCCCCGAGACAAAGACCGGCUGGCGUCCGGCUCCACCGACGGCCUGGUGAACGUGUUCGACCUGAGCCAGGGCGCGGAGGAGGAGGCGCUGCUCGCCACGUGCAACGGCGUCUCGUCCACCGGCGCCCUCUGCUGGUCGGGAGCAGACUACACGCAGCUGCUGUGCCUCAGCCUGGACGAGGGGCUGCACCUGUGGGACCUGAGCCAGCUGGACACCGACCAGCCCCUCGCCGUCUUCAGCACCGGGGACGCCCGCGGCCUGACGCUGCUGGAGGACGGGGGGGGCGUGGACUACCUGGUCGGGGGGGCGUGGCUGGAGGAGACUCAGACGCUGCUGGUGCUCGGGGGGAAGGACAGCGGCGAGCUCCACCUGAUGGAGUGUGACCACGGGGGGCUCCGCCUGCUGAGGAGCCUGAAGGGAGGCCACGCCUCCACCGUGCGCUGCUUCCUGUGGGACGCGGCGGAGGAGGCGCUGGUCACCGGCGGCGAGGACGCUCAGCUGUUGCUGUGGAAACCGGGAGGGGUGGAGCUCACGGCGGGUAAAAGGGAAUCGAUGAAGAGCCAAUCAGAUCUCAGACUCAAAUCCAGAGCUCAUAAAAAAUACAGCUACCAGAAGGAGAAGAAGAGCUGAUUGGACGCUGGUGGAUUCUAAAGUUUGUGUUUUCUACAACAAAUUAAAAACCUUUUCAUCUAAAGUUGGAAAAAACAAAUAAAACGAUUCAAGAAAAUCACAGAAACCAACAAAAUUAAAUAUUGUUUAAGUACAAUAAAGUAAAGUUGGUUUCUUGUACUAACUAUACACACAUUAAUAUUACUGCACUGUUUAUCUGUGAUAUGAAACUGUGACUUCUGAG